AUGAAACGGCUUGCCCGCAUGGAUGGCAGUCGUCGGGACAAAGAGGGAGCUGCUAGAGAAUGUGCGAUGGCCGGGGGUCGGCUCGUCUCCCCCACGGAUGCUGCUCUAAUAUCCGAUCUUGUUGAUCUACUCCAGGGUCUGUACGAUGCGGGACUAGCGGAGACCACCUGGCUGCUUGGCGGCCCUAGCGACGAGCGCGGGGAGCGCGACUCCGAUGCGUGGCGUACCGCGGCGUUGCGGAGGGACACGAAUCAGGAGUAUAGGAUGCAACCCACCGAUUUUGUGGCCCUACCUUGCCAGGCGGACGGUAUUCCGACGCCUCGAAUCACGUGGUACAAAAAUGACGUUGAAUUGCUCUCUGCCACCGACAACAAUUCCUCGUUCCUCCUAUCUGGGGGUACCCUCCUCGUCCCAGCCACCACUUCCCUCGCCUACACCAAGUUCCACUGCACGGCCACCAACAAGCUGGGCUCUGUGCGUAGCCCCUCCGUUCUUGUGCGUGCGGCUUUUGUGGAGGCAUUUGCCCAACGGCGCUUCGACGUGUUCCCCCUGGCCGACGGUGGGGCGAGGCUGGAAUGUAUGGCCCCGGCGCAUCAACCUAAAUCGCUGACCUACGCAUGGUACGUUGGAGGGAGUACGGAACGGUUGAGGAAACAGGAUGAGAGGGUGUUUGUGUCUCUGGACGGAACACUGCUCUUCUCCCAUGUACUUGCCGAUGAUGAUGAGAGCUACGCCUGUUCCCUUUCACUGGCUUCAACCUCGUCCGGUCACUACGGCCCAUUCUUCCGGCUACGGAUACCCCCCGCGGUCCUCGCCUCACCGGCAAGGGAAGCCUUCGCCCCCGGACUCGAAGCAGGGCACCCCCAAUAUUUCCCUGACCGCCCAGCCACCGGCGAUACCGUAUACCUGGAGUGCUUUGCGUACGGAAACCCGGUGCCGACGUACCGUUGGACCAGGGUCGAUGGGAAACCACUGCCCGACCGUGCCACGGCGAUGAACUUCGAUCGGGUGCUGAAAAUUGAGAAUGUGCAACCGGGUGAUCAGACCAGAUACAAAUGCACGGCGGCCAACGUGAAGGGGGUCGUCGCUGGGGAGGUGACGUUGCUGCUCUCCGGCGCACCCACCGUACUCCUUCCGCUCGCUGAUAGGCUGGUGUCAAUAGGCUCGGAGUGGAGCCUGGAGUGCACCUUGCCGACGUCGGACUUUAGCUCGCAGGUGGAAUGGUUUCGGGACGCUCGGCCGUUGGUACCGCUGCUGAUGCCCGCCAAGGACCGGAAGCGCUUCGUCGUUGAUCAUAAUGUCCUGAACGUGCGCAACACGACGCCCAACGACACUGGGGUCUAUGAGUGCAUCGUCGGGAACGAGAUGGGCUCCACCGUCAGCUCAGCCCUAGUGACGGUAAUGGACGCGGCACCAGAAUUCCCUCCCAUGGCCAUGCCGUCGAAGGUCUUCGCCACGAGGGGCAGCACUUUGAGUCUACCCUGCGUCUACCGAGCCUCCCCGAUGGGGACGGCCUUUUGGUCGGAUGGUGGCGGAAAUGUGCUGCCGGGGAAGGGCAGAGUUCGGGAUCAGAAUGGACUGUUGGUGAUCGAGGAUGUUGUCUCGGACGAUGCCGGGCUUUUCUUUUGCGUGGCACGAAACCACCACGGGAAGUCGCACGCCGCGGUGACGCUGAUCGUCAACGAAAAGCAAGAAAUCCGAGCUCGAAACGGAUCGACCGUGGAGAGCCCAGGGAAAGGUGUUUCCUGUGAGGUGGAAUAUGGCGAAGAAGCCCUACGAAAGCCCGCUUUUUGCCGCUCAAUCUUUGGCGAGCCGGACGGCAUCUCGAUUGCUAAAGCGUCACCAGCAGCUCCAUUAAAGCAACCGGAUGAGGCGUUUUUGGUGGAAGUGCGGUCGAAGACGGAUCGAAGGUGGAAGCCCGUCAGCCGGUCGAUGAUCAGCCCCGUCGACAAGGCCACGGAUAGGACGACGAUUGAUGGGUUGAAGCCGAAUGAGGGAUAUCAGUUCCGAGUCCGAUCCGUGGCCAGCGGACAAGCCGGUGACGCGUCAGCCCCAUCAGAUUGGGUCCACACCCCACCACAACCACCCCUGGAAGCACCGCAGAGCUUGUCUUGGAAGGCCCUCGACCAAAGCACCCUCUUUGUCGAGUGGGACGCUGUCGAAAAGGUAAUU